CCCCUCGUCUGCUCCCUUCCUGCCUCUCCUGCGGGCUGCGCGUCGCCGAAGGUCGCCGCCGAGUCGGGAGCGCGCGGUGGGGAGGGGGAGUUGGUGGGGGGGGCAGCGCAGCCCCCCGGGAACGAGCAUCCCCUGCCCCGCCACGGGGCCUGGCCGCCUCCAUGGACCCUCUGGCGACCCCCGACCCCGGGAAGAGGACCCUCGCUGGCGUGGAGGUGAAUGCAGGUCAGCAAAUGCCGUGUGAGUUGAGCCUGGUCCAACGUGGCGGAGAAUAUGAGUUGGUUAUAAGCUCCCAGGGGACAGACCCCCCUCUUCAAGAACACAUUCCAGUGAACAGCCGUUUUAAAUGUGUUCAAGAGGCUGAAGAAACUUUGCUGAUCGACAUAGCCACAAAUUCUGGUUGCAAGAUCCGCCUCCAGGGCGAUCGGACCGCCGAGCGCCUGUUUGAAAUAGCCGACGAGGAGCGAUGCUUGGAGUUCCUUGCCGAGGUGCUCAGAGUUCAGAAAGCGUCAUCAAAAGCCCCUUUCCCUGAAUUUGUGGACCAUGCCUCCUGGCACCAAGUGAAAGGCCUCUCGGGCCCCGUUGAGCCUCUUCCUGCAGGCCUUCUGGGUUUCGAGGAUAAUUUCAGCGCCAUCAGCCUGGAGAAGAAAAGGAACUUGCAGAACCAGCAGAUGAGUGCCCGUCGAGACCCCCCACCUCCACCCCAGCCUCCCAGCCGAUCAUACCCCCGGGAGAAGGAGAAUACCAACAAGGACCCACCCAAAGGCAGCAACACCAUGCGCACGUUCUUUGCGCCGUCCACCCACACGCAAUCCGGGCAGAGAGAAGGGCUCAUCAAGCAUUUCGUCCUUAAGCGGGAGAAGGAAUACGUCAACAUCCGGAACUUCAGGUUUUUUAUAGGGACAUGGAAUGUCAACGGACAAUCGCCAGAUGGGGGUUUGGAGCCUUGGCUGAUCUCGGACGCGGAGCCUCCAGACAUAUAUUGCGUAGGGUUCCAGGAGCUGGACCUGAGCACAGAAGCCUUCUUCUACUUCGACUCCAACAAAGAGCAAGAGUGGCUGGCGGCCGUGGAGAAGGCUUUGCACCACAAAGCCAAGUACAGGAAAGUGCAGCUGGUGCGCCUGGUUGGCAUGAUGUUGCUGAUCUUCGCCAGGAAGGAGCAGAUCGACUUCAUCAAAGACGUGGCGGCGGAGACGGUUGGCACCGGGAUCAUGGGCAAGAUGGGCAACAAGGGUGGUGUGGCCGUCAGGUUCGUCUUCCACAACACCAGCUUCUGCAUCGUCAACUCCCACCUGGCUGCCCACGUGGAGAACUUCGAGCAGCGCAAUCAAGACUAUAAGGACAUCUGCGCCCGCAUGAGCUUCCAGGUUCCCGACCAGAAUCUGCCCCAGCUGACCAUCAUGAAACACGAUGUUGUCAUCUGGCUGGGAGAUCUGAAUUACAGGCUUUGCCUCCCCGACUCCAAUGAUGUAAAAAGUCUAAUCGCUAAAAACGAGCUUCAGAAACUGCUCACCUUUGACCAGCUGAAUAUUCAGCGUACCCAAAAAGCAGCUUUUGCCGAUUUCACAGAAGGUGAAAUCAAGUUCAUCCCCACGUACAAAUAUGACUCUAAAACAGAUCGGUGGGAUUCCAGUGGAAAAUGCCGUGUGCCAGCUUGGUGUGACCGGAUUCUUUGGAGAGGAGGCAACAUCAACCAGCUCCAAUACCGCAGCCACAUGGAACUUAAAACAAGCGACCACAAGCCCGUCAGCUCCCUCUUCCUCAUAGGGGUGAAAGUUGUAGAUGACCGACGGUACCGGAAAGUAUUUGAGGACAUUGUUCGGAUGAUGGACAGGAUGGAGAAUGACUUCCUUCCAUCAGUGGAGCUGAGCAGGAGGGAGUUCUCUUUUGAGAAUGUAAAGUUUCGGCAACUGCAGAAGGAGAAAUUCCAGAUCACGAACAACGGCCAAGUCCCCUGCCACUUCUCCUUUAUCCCCAAGCUCAACGAUACGCAGUACUGCAAACCGUGGCUCCGUGCCGAACCCUACGAAGGUUAUUUAGAGCCAAAUGAGACGGUGGACAUCUCCUUGGACGUCUACGUCAGCAAGGACGCGGUGACCCUUCUCAAUUCGGGGGAGGACAAGAUCGAGGAGAUCCUGGUCCUUCACCUCGACCGGGGCAAGGAUUACUUCCUCACCAUCAGCGGUAACUACCUGGUCAGCUGCUUCGGGACCUCCUUGGAAGCCCUGUGCCGGAUGAGGCAGCCCAUCCGCGAAGUCCCCGUCACCAAGCUCAUUGACCUGGGAGAGGACAGCUGCCUUGAAAAGGAGAAGUCUCUUCUCAAGAUGAUGCCUCAGGAUGAAGACUCUAAUGAUCGACCUUUGCACAUACCCAAGGAGAUCUGGCUUCUGGUGGACCAUCUCUUCAAGAAUGCCUGCCAUCAGGAGGAUCUGUUCCAGACCCCCGGCGUGCAAGAUGAACUGCAGGAUAUUAUUGAGUGCCUGGACACCAGCAUCCCGGAGUCCAUCCCUGGCAGCAAUCAUUCUGUUGCUGAAGCCCUGCUGAUCUUCUUGGAGGCCCUUCCCGAGCCCGUCAUCUGCUACGAACUCUACCAGCGCUGCCUUGACUGCUCCCAGGAUAGUCGCCUCUGCCGGCAGGUUAUUUGUCAGUUGCCACGCUCACACAGGAACGUCUUCCGCUAUGUGAUGGCCUUCCUGCGAGAACUUCUGAAGUACUCCGAGAGCAACAACGUCAGUGCCAACAUGCUUGCCACCCUCUUCGCCAGCCUCCUGCUGCGACCUCCACCCAACCUGGUGUCCAAGCAGACUUUGCAAGAUCGCCAGCGAGCCAAUGGUUUCAUCCUGGGCUUCCUGCUGGGAGCAGAUGACUACUAAGGACCUGGCAUGCAUGCUGUGAGCCAGCCGAGUGGCCAAGGGAGGAGAAAGAGGAGGGUCCAGGGGUUCUGGGCCCCGGGACAGUUAUUACAGGGAUAAGAUGCUUUAAUUUCCUGUCCCUAAGUUUCAUCUGUGCCGGUUGCUGAAGCAGGAGGUUUCCUGGUGGUUUAGCAGACAGCCCGUUUGCUGAUCUUGGCCGGCACGCGGUAACAGUUCCGUCCACUCCCAGUCUAGUACUGUAUUUCCUCGCCUUUCAUUCCACCAGUCUUAUCCUCUAAGUAGCAAAGAGGGCCAGGAUCCUUUCUCUGUUUGGGAAGACAAGCAAGGCGCCCACCGCAAGCCCCGUUUAUCUCUUAGCCUGCGUUUGUACAAUUCGGUUGUCUCUUCCCAUCUGUGGGCCUUGCUCACAGCUCAGCUGGUCUCCCCACUGUAGUAGUACCCCUUGUACUUCACAAAACACCACACACUGCCAAAGCAGAAGUGGGAGGGGGAGGAGAGGGGAAGGUCGACGCAGCAGAUCCCUGCUUUCGAGCGAGGUCCACGGGCAAAACCGGGUGGUUGGUUUCCCCCUUCCCUUGAAGGUUCUGCAACUUUGUCUUUCCAGUUGUCCGUUUUCAAGUUUCUGUACUUUGUGCAUAUUCACUCCUUCUUUCUUGCUCUCUCUCUCUCUCUCUCUCUCUCUCUCUCUCUCUCUCUGUCUUUUUUUUUUUAACUGUAUAAUUUAUUGGGAAAUUUGUUUCAAAAUAAAUCUGCA